AUGGAAAAAAAAAUUAAGUUACUUUUCUUUAUUAAAGUUUACAUCUUAAUAUUUUUAAGUUGGAUAGGUUUUUUGUCCAGUAAUAUAAAUAAAUUCGAGAAAUCCACAUAUAAGAAACACAGUAGUAGUAGUAAAUUAAAUAAUGGAACUUACAGAUUGCUUGCAAAAUAUAAAGGGGGUAAGAAUUUAAAUAUUUUAUGUUCAAAAGAAAAGUUACCAAAUAAUGUGGUGGAUGAAGUAAAAAAUAUAUCUAUUAAUGAAAAACGGGAAAUAGGGAUACAGGAACUGUCAAAUAGAAGUUCAGUGAAUAAUAGGGGAAGCUAUAAGCACGAUAAGAAAAACAAAUCUUGCAUGUUAGUGACAAAAAAAUAUUCCCAUUUAGAAAAAAAAAUAUUCAAAGAACUUGAUUUUGAAGAUUUUCUUAAAAACAAUAGGACAAUUAUUGAUAAGACUUACAAAAAAAUAAUACGUAAAAAAUGCGGAUUAAGACUUGCUUUGCCUGUAAUUCUGCUUUUAUUUUUCUCAGUAUCUCCAAUAUUAGAAUAUUAUUGUGGUUAUGGUCCUUUGUUAGGGAUGUUUAAGCUAUUAUAUAUUAUUUUUCCUGGUGGGUGGUAUCUUACUUUACACAAAUUUUUGAAGAAAUCUCCUUUAUUUUUCCUGUUCAAGUCAGCGGAAAUCGAGGUUACGCGGAUUAUAGUGACGAAUAAAGAAAUCUUAGGGGAUUACGUUUAUGUUGAGAGUUUUUUACGUUUUCUAAUGUAUAUAGUACCACUUAUUAUAUUAGGUUUUACUCUUAUAUUAGCUGUUGUUUAUUACCAUAAAAAAGUUAAAAAGUAUCAAAAAAUUAAGUUCAGGAAAGGAUAA